CUUGCUUGGGUUCAAGGGUUUCCUUGCUUGGCCACAUUGACUGAGAAGCUGGGCAGACGUCCUGCGCAGGCUGCAGCAUUGCUUAUUGCAGCUGAUUUACUAUUAUAGUAGGAGAGAGGGGCGGGUAAGAGACCUGUGCGAGGCCUUUCAGAGACGCAAUGGCGGCGCCAAUGCAGAAUGGUGCUGGCGAAGCAGCAGGCAAUGCUGAAGCACCUAUGUUUGUCGGCAUGAAUGAGCCGCUGGAGAGUGUCUUUGCGCGGUUGUUGGAGCACUUGGAGCGGAGUGGGCCGCUCAGUGGACGGCGAAGCCAUUGGAUCGAUCUGCUGAGACAGGACAUGCCCAGCUUGGAUCGAAAGCAGAAGAUUAAGACUACUUUCAAACUGGACGAGUUCCGGGAAGAGUUGGAGUCAGCAUCCUCACAGGACGUCCGCCUCUUGGCAGACUCAGGAUUCUUCAAGGUUCUCUGCGCGUGUCUCCGGGAUGCCGAUGCAGAGACUUUGGCAUGUGCGACAGAGUGCCUCGGGCACUGCAUUAGGAUUGUCCCUGAACUAAUUGAGAAGGCCUGGGCAUGGGGUGCUUUGAGGCCCGUAGCCACACUUAUUUUGAAAGACUGGGAGGUGGCGGACGAGCAGGCUCUUUAUUAUGACUUGCCCCUUCAGCACUCCCUUUACUUUCUGGCGACCCUAGGAGGGCCCUGCAACUACGAACAGUUGCGGUGCUCGGAGGAAAUAUGCGAGAUCAGUAGGAAGUGCCUGAAUUGGUUGAAUAAACAGGGCGUGCAAAGGAGAGCUGCUGAGAUGCUGGUGGCGCUGUCCAAAGCAAAGGCAGAGAGCAAGGACGGAGAUGACUACCUCCCCUUUGUUUUCAACGCCACCUUAGUUCUCAUGUUUGGUUCACAUCCUUCGCUCCACUCAAAGGGGCGGCCUGGUGCCAGGCUGGAAAGUCAGGAGGGGCUGGGGGCCGCCGUGCUGCAUUUCAUUCAACUGUCCGGGAAUCCAGAGUUUAUGGAGCGCCCAGAGCCCCGCGGGAUCGUAGAGAACAGCACCAAGCUCCUCCUCCUGCUUUGGUUGCCCUACUCGAGCGCCACCGACUCAGAUGCUCUCAGGACGCGGAAGAAAGAGAUUGCUGAGCACCCCGACAUUCUCAAGGUCGCCCAAAUCCUGAAGGAAGAGGCGGAGUCACAAAGCCAUCCCGUGAAGGAAUCCACAAAGGCCUGCUUCGCGGCCCUCGUCUGCCUCCUCACCUUCGAGCACCCGCGGCCCCUUCCGCGCGCGACCCUCGAGAGCGCUCUGCGCAUUCUGUGCAAUGCUGACGUCAGCGCGGACUGGCUGAGCUGGGACCGAUGGAACGUCGUCCUGAACCGCCGGUUCCACGACAACACCGUCUCGCCAACGUUCCUCCUGACCCACUUCUUCCCUGCUUUCCUCACCGCGUUCGCCGUCGAGGCCAACCGCUGCAAACCCGCCCGCAUUUACGGCCCCGGUUUGCGGAAGCUCUUCGGCAUGGUCGUGUUCCUAUCCGGCUGCCUCUGGUUCUCCUACUGCCCGUUGCCGAUGUCGUGGGGGACGCCGACCGGCAAGGAGGCAAUCGUGAUUCCCAAGGAACUGCUCCCCCGGUUGGUGGACCUCAUGAUCGAAACUAGAGCGGCCGCUGCGAUGGCGUCCCUCACCGGCUUCGCGAUGUAUCGGACGGCGGGGGAGGCGUGCGUGGGGCUGGCUCAAACGGCGGUACAGAUGUCGCUCGCCACUUUGAGGCGCUUGAACGAGCAAAUGAUCCCGGCGCUGUUCCACGUCUCGCUGGACGUCUCCCGGGACGACGAGAUCAUGUGCCUCGCUCGGAUGGGCCGUCCGUCGUCCUGUACGGACGAGCUCGUGUCCGGCAUGCCGGUAUUUAAGGUCGAGGUUCUUGGUGCGGACAGCCACGAAGCAGACACCGUAAGGUAA